UCUUUUUGUAAAAUAGUUGUUCUUUUUAUAGUAUAUCAGGAGAGAUAAUAUGGUACUUUUAUUUUUGUUCUUUUUCUUUAGUUUUUUUAACAUUAGUGUUCUUUUCAGGUUUUGGUUAAUGUUCUUUUCGUUUACUCUAUUAUAUUCUUUCUGUUUAGUUUAUUAUGUUUUUUUUUUUUGCGUUUUCUUUUAAUGUUUUUGCGUUUUUUCGCGCGUUGAAAUAUGAUGCGUGCGUAUUAGUACGGUGGAAUUUCAAAUAAUAUAACAAAGGUAGCGAAUUGCAUUACGGUACCCAUUCCCUAUCGUGUUUCGGAUCAGGUAAACACUGAUCAUAAAUCUAAUGCCUACCCGCCAAAUAUUGUUCAAAACCUUCUUACCAUCAACACACCAAAAGCUAUUGUAUACCUGCAGAUACUAUUCAAUUAACCACCAUGCACAUCACCUGUUCGACAAAAGUCUUCAACGAACCUAUCUUUCUAUCAGCAGCUACAUGCUCACCUUUAUACACCAAAACAAUGGUUCCAGAGCUCUCAGUGUUUUCAAGACAGAAUUGCAGCAUAAUUACCCUCAUGGGAUUCAUGAAGACGUUGUCGCUAUCGCCCUCAAAGCGUGUCGUGGUGAUCUGAAAGCUGGUACAAUGCUUCACAGCUUUGCUAUGUCAUCUGGGUACAUUCAAUAUCGGUCAGUGUCAAAUUCUUUGAUGAGUAUGUACUCUAAAUCAGGGCAGUUCGAUUCUUCUAUUCGUGUAUUUGGCAGCAUGAAUGAUCCUGACACUGUCUCUUAUAACACAGUCCUGUUGGGUUUUCAGAAUACAGAUGAUGCUUUGUGUUUUGCAGCUCAUAUGAAUGCAAAUGGUGUUGUUUUUGACCCAGUUACUUACACUACAGCUCUGUCUUUCUGUUUGGAUGAUAAAGGGUUUUUAUUUGGAUUCCAAUUACAUUCAAACAUACUGAAAUCAGGGUUCCGAUGCGAGGUUUUCAUCGGAAAUGCACUGAUCACAUUGUACUCAAGGCAGGGUCGAAUAAUCGAAGCUGAAAAAGUGUUUCAUGGAAUGCAGAUGAAGGAUUCAGUAUCUUGGAAUGCUAUCCUAUGUGGGUAUAGCCAAGAUGGAAGAUAUGGGUUGGAAACAAUCUGCACAUUUUACGCAAUGUUGAGACAGAAUGUGAGACCUGAUAAUGUCUCAUUAACUGCUGCAAUUUCUGCUUGUGGUUAUGAAAAGCUUUUGGAGAUGGGUAGGCUGCUACAUGGUUUGAGUGUAAAGGUUGGGUUCGGAUCAGAUUGUGCCGUCUGUAACCUUUUGAUGUCAACAUACGCAAAGUGUGAGGUUAAUGAAGAUGCCAAGACAGUAUUUCAAGGAAUGGCUGAAAGAAAUGUGGUUUCUUGGACUACAAUGAUUUCUGUUUUCCAUGAAGAUGCACUUUCCCUCUUUCAUGAGAUGAGGAUUGAUGAAGUUUACCCAAAUGAAGUAACUUUUAUCGGGUUACUGCAUGCCAUUACACUUGGGGAUUUGUUCAAUGAAGGUAAAAUGAUCCAUGGAUUUUGUUUAAAGACUGGUUUUCUGUCAAAAACAAAUGUGUCUAACAGUCUGAUCACCAUGUAUGCGAACUUUGAGUCAAUGGGGGAUUCAAGGGAAGUUUUCAAAGAGCUUCAUUACCGGGAUAUCGUGUCUUGGAAUACUUUGAUAUCUGGAUACGACCAAAAUAAGUUGUACCAAGAUGCUCUUGAGGUAUUCCGCUUAGCAAAAUCAGAGAUCAUGCCAAAUGAAUAUACAUUUGGCAGUGUUUUGAGUGCAAUUGGAUCUGCUGAAGCCAUUUCACUCAGAUACGGACAAAUAUGCCACUCUCACUUGUUGAAACUUGGAGUGAAGUCCAACGCAAUAGUAUCAGCAGCCCUCCUUGAUAUGUAUGGAAAACGGGGCAGCCUAUACGAGUCCAAGAUGAUCUUCAAAGAAACCAUUCACAGAACCCAAUUCGCUUGGACUGCAAUCAUUUCAGCCCACGCAAGACAUGCAGACUAUGACUCCGUUAUGCAAAUUUUCAAUGAGAUGGAAAAGCAGGGUGUAAAACCCGACACCAUCACCUUCCUUUCAAUGUUGACAGCAUGUGGGAGAAAGGGUAUGGUUGACAUGGGCCGUCAGAUUUGGGACUCAAUGAUCAAAGACAAUUCGAUUGAACCAUCAACUGAGCAUUAUUCCUGUAUGGUGGAUAUGUUGGGUCGUUCAGGAAGAUUAAAAGAGGCAGAGGAAUUACUUCAUCAAAUUCCCGGAGGACCAUCAUUUUCUGCCUUGCAAAGCCUGUUAGGUUCAUGCAGAACUCAUGGGAAUAUGGAGAUGGGUCGGAGGAUGGCCAAUGCUUUAAUAGAAAUGGAGCCUAAAGAAUCAGGUUCAUAUGUUUUAAUGUCGAAUUUGUGUGCUGAAAAGGGGGACUGGGAGAAGGUGGCUACAUUGAGGAGGAAAAUGAGAGAUAGCAGAGUUAGAAAAGAAGUGGGAUUAAGCUGGGUGGAUGUAGGUAAUACUAAUGGUUCUUUGAUUAUGCACGGUUUCUCAUCAGAUGAUAUGUCUCAUCCAAGGUCUGAUGAUAUAUACCAUAUGGCAGCAAGUUUUGGGCUUGAAAAGAAAUUUAUGGAAAUAGAAGAGCUAGUUUGAUCUCAACUGCCACAAAACGUAAAACCUUUGUUAUUUAGGACAUUAGUGCAUGAAACAAACUGAUAUGAUAACAGAAAAUGUACCUUUUAACUGUUUGCGAUCUGACCGCAGUAUGAAUGUAUGAUUGAGGUAAUGCUUU